GGAAACAUGGCAAACCCGAGAGCAGUGAGGGUGGACAGCCAAACAGCAUUUACCCAGAGCUACUGAGAUUCCAGACAUAAUGUUCUGGCCCACCAAGAAGGACAUCAAGACCGCCCUGGAGGUCUUUGCUCUUUUCCAGUGGGCCCUCAGUGCCUUGGUUAUAGUAACCACUGUGAUCCUUGUCAACCUCUACUUGGUGGUGUUUACAUCGUACUGGUUUAUCACUGUGCUGCUGCUCAUCUGGCUGGCUUUUGACUGGAAGACCCCUGAGCGAGGAGGCCGCCGUUUCACCUGUGUGAGGAGGUGGUGUCUGUGGAAACACUACUGCAAUUACUUCCCAAUCAAGAUUUUGAAGACGCAUGAUAUUUCCCCUAGCCACAACUACAUCCUUGCCUGCCAUCCUCAUGGACUCAUGGCCCAUUCAUGCUUUGGCCACUUUGCCACUGACACAUCAGGCUUCUCCAAGACCUUUCCUGGAAUCACUCCUUACAUGCUCACACUAGGCGCCUUUUUCUGGGUGCCUGUCUUCAGAGAGUAUGUAAUGUCUACAGGGGCCUGCUCUGUGAGCCAAUCCUCCAUGGACUUCCUGCUUACUCGGAAGGGCACAGGCAACAUGCUUGUGGUGGUGGUUGGUGGCCUGGCUGAAUGUAGAUACAGCAUGCCAGGCUCUACCACCCUGGUCUUGAAGAAGCGGUAUGGCUUUGUGCGUACGGCCCUUCGACACGGGGCAUCUCUAAUCCCUGCUUAUGUCUUUGGAGAGACGGACCUCUAUGAUCAGUACAUUUUCACUCCUGGGGGCUUUAUCAAUCGUUUCCAGGAGUGGUUCCAGAAGAUGGUACACAUCUACCCCUGCGCUUUCUAUGGGCGUGGGUUUACCAAGAACUCCCGUGGCCUUCUGCCCUAUUCUCAGCCAAUAACCACUGUUGUUGGGGAACCUCUACCAUUGCCCAAGAUUGAGAAUCCAAGCCAGGAGACUGUGGCCAAAUACCACACACUCUAUAUUGAUGCCCUACGCAAAUUGUUUGAUCAACAUAAGACCAAGUUUGGCAUCUCAGAGACCCAGGAGCUGAUGAUAGUUUGAAAGACAUUCCCCUGGCUGGAUGGUGUGGAACUGGUGACAACAGGCCAAUGUUACCCAUGGAGCUUCACUUCUGACUGCAGCAGUCCUCACUGGAGGGAGGUGGGGGUGUGUCCAUUUGAUUGUUUUCUAUGACCAUCCUUUUCCACUUCCAUCUCUUUCUCCUAGUUUUUUCCUUUUCCCCUGACUCAGAGAAAACCCUA